AUGUCUCUUAUCGACAAGGCGAUACACAGAGAGCUCGUGGGAGACGGCAUUGCGCUGGAGGAGGCGGUGGCCAACAAAAAGUCCUCGGGUUGGGCCGUGCGACAAAGGCAAGCGCAGCGCAAUGACUUGGGCCAUUUCUGCUAUGGAUGUGGGCAGCCGCUGAGAGAUUUGAAUGAGGAGGUUACAGUCUGGACAGGCGCCGCGAUUUACCGCCGCUUUCAUCCUGCUUGUGCCGCUUCGUAUGUCCUCCGUGCCGAGCCAGCUCCUGCUGAAAGGACCCGCGACCGUGUGCGCGAUGAUGUCGUGGAGGGCUAUGCUGAUGCGUGGCGGGCACCGAGAGCGUCCGUUCGGCCUGUAGAGGCAGCCAGACAGUGGCUUCUGUCAGAGGAUCAGCGAGCUUGGGGAUCACUUCGCGGAGAUCUCUUCACCACAGUGACGGUCAAUGAGAACGGCAAAAAGAAGGCAGUUCCAGGGCUGUCCUACGAGCAGCUGCGAAUUCUGCAAACCAAGCACAGGUGGCAGCCAGAGUUUGCUGGUGCCAAUGAAGGCCAAGAACCCCUCGAGUGUGCAGUUUGCUUCUGUGCUCCGGAUGCCUCAAGCUGUUGCAUAAGGUUGCCAUGUGCGCCCCAGCAUGUGUUUCACCUCAGCUGCGUUCUCCCGUGGCUGAAGAAGGCCGGCAGCAUGGGGGCAACACAGCGGGAGAGCAUUCAUGAGCAUUCCAUGAAAUUCCAUGCCUGGGACGGCGCCCGGAGAGAUGCUCGCUUGGCGGAGGCACUUCGUGAGGCCAGGGAGCUGCAGGAGGAGCUGCAGCUGGAAGGGGCAGACCUUGCGCAGCUCCGCAUAGAGGCAGAUUUGGCACUGAAAGAGAAGCAGCGGUGGGAGCAACAGCUCGAGGUGUCGCGCAGCUGCAUUCAGAAGCUGGAAGCGCGACUUCUGCAGAUUCGACGAGUCCGAUCAGAAGGAAAUCUGCAAGCACAAGAGGCAGAUCGUCGCCUCUAUGCCCAAAUGGAGGAGCUGCUGAGGCAAAGAGAGAGGCUGCUGCAGGAGAGGACUGCACUUGAGCAGCAAGCGGAAGAGCACAGCCGCGAGGUUCAAGCGCUGAGCCUUGCUCUCAAGAAGUUCCUUCCAGCUACGCAGAAUGGGAAGGCUCCUUCCGACUGGCUGCUGAAACAGGAACUGACAAUGUGCCAACACGAGGUUCAGGCCUACCAGCAGCAGCAAGAUGCAGCCAGCGCAGGUCUCUUUGAGGCUCGGACCGAGCAGAAGGCAGCUUUGCUGGAGUUUGAGCAAUGCCGCCGGCUCCUCGCGGGCACUGCCGAGCAGCAGGAGCUUUGCAGUAUAGAGGCGCUCAAGCUUCGGGAUGAGACUCGCGAGCAUGCGGAGGAGGCAGCAGCAGCAAAGCUGGAGGAGGCAGCCGUCAAGGAAGAGGCAGCGGCCAAAAAGCAACUGCACUCCGAGCGUUCUGCUGCUCUGCGAAAGUUGCAGGUGGCAAAAGCUGAGCUUCUCCGUCAAGUCCGGGAGCUCGAGGCUGCUGCGAGCCGUGCCCGUGGGGAUUUGACUGCUGAGAAGGCUGCUCGCAAGGCAUAUGGUGCGGAGCUUGAAGUUCGAUGCGGACGCCUGCGUGCCGAAUUGGAGGAACACGCGGCGCUGCGCUGCGAGGGCACGGCAGCACGUGCCGUCCAGGAAGCCGAAAAUGCACAGCUAGAGGCCAGCGCUGCUCGUUUAGCUCUGCAGCUGGAAGCUGAUGAGGAAGCUAGGGCACAGAUGGAAGCCAAGCUACUGUCCAGCAUGCGGCUGGCCGAGCAUCAGCAGUAUGAGCUCCGCGCGCAGGAGCUGAUGGGCCAAAACUUGGCUGAGGAAGUAGCAGAGGGGCAGCGCAUGGAACAGGCACUGCAGAGAGAGCUGGCUCACGAGCGUGCCAUGGCAAAGGAGGCCAGCAGUGAAGCAACUGCCCUGCUUGAGCAGCGACAGCGUAAGGCGCUGGAGGCUGAGGAGGCUUUGAAGCAGUGCGAUGCCGCACUGCUGGCAAGCCAAGGGGCGGAAGAGGAGUUGCGACAGCGUGAGAAACAGCUGCAACAGUCGGCGAGGUCCUCUGAGCUGAUGCACAGGACCUUGGUGCAGAGGCUGUCGACAGUCCAUGACCAGGUUCGAGUUGCAGAAGAUGCCCACGCUGCGGCGCUGGAGGAGUUGCGUGGCGAGCGCCGUGAGCAAUCCAGGUGGCUAUUGGGAGACGCAAUUACCAGUGCCAGUUGUCUACGAUGUAAACUAAAGGAUUCGGAGAUGCUUUGGCAGAUUUAG